CUAGGGUGACAGUAUGUUAAAAAAAAAACAACAUAAAUAAUAAAAUAAAAUAAUAAAAAAAAUAAUAAAUUUUAGGCAAGAUUUAUGAAGAAAGAUUAUUUGCUAAAUUUUAUAAGAAAAACACCUUUCAAAAUGUUUGGACUUUUUCAUUUAUAUAGCAAAAAAAAAAAAAAAAUCCCAGUGGUGAAUAAAUACCACCAAAAUAAAGUUUUAUCGGUCUCAAAAAAAUGCUAAAAAAAUUCAUAUGGGUACAGUGUUACAUGACCGCGCAAUUGUCAUUCAAAGUGUGAUAGCACUGAAAGCUGAAAUUUGGCCUGGACUGGAAGGGGGUGAAAGUGUCCAGACUUGAAGUG